AUGCUGCGCCUCUAUCCGCCAUCGGCCUUCGACGCCUACAAGAAGGAGAAGAAGCGUUUCCCAGCCUCUGUCGACGUCGUCGUGGAGCAGAUCCACGCAGCGUGCGACGGCGUCGGGACGGACGACGAGAAACUCGUAGAGCUCAUUGGCUCCCUCUCGCCGAACGACCGCAGCCUGAUCUCGCUCCGUUACAAGGAGCUGCACGGCCAGUCGCUUCGUGAUUUGGUCAAGAGCGAGACCUCGGGGGCCUUUGGCUACUUGCUGCAGCUCAUUUGCUUCAGCCUGCCCGAGGCCGAAGCGUACAUUCUCUUCCACGCGCUCAAAGGCGUCGGCACGUCGGACCACUUGCUCUACUCGGUGCUCAUGGGGCGCACGAACGAAGAGAUCGAUCUGCUGAAGAAAGCGUACUUCGACAUGUACGACACGCCUCUCACGGUCGCUAUCAGCGGCGAGAUCAGUAACGACUUCUUGGCUGUGAUCAUGAAAGCACUGCAGGAACCGCUGGUUGAGUACAAGCCUCAGUUCCACACCAAGGAGAAAGCAGCCGAGGAUGCCGAGCUCAUUUACAAUGCGGGGGAAGGAAAGUGGGGAACGGACGAGAACGGGUUCAUCAAAGUGCUCCUGUCGAGUCCGCCCGAGCACGUGCGCAACAUCGACGCAGCGUACCGUGCCAAGUACGAGCACGACUUGAUCCACGCCAUUGAGAAGGAGUUUAGCGGCAGCGACUGCGCUGCUCUCUCGUUCUUUGUCCGCGUGAACCUCAACGCGUGGCCGUUCCUUGCCGAACACAUUGAAAGCACGAUGGCCGGCAUGGGCACGGACGAGACGGCGCUGUCGGCUGCCAUUGUGCGCUACCACCCGUACUUGAGCCAAAUCCAGGCUGCUUACGAAAAGAAGUACGAGAAGUCGUUGCGCGACCGCAUUGAAGCGGAAGUAGGGGAAGAGUACCAGAAGCUGCUGCUGAAACUACUUGACCCGGGCUGCUCGAUCAGCAGCCUUGCGGAGGUUGCUUCUAGCUAG